GCCUCUCUCUCGCUCUCGCUCUCUCUCUCUCACAGUACCCACCUUCGCUUUCGCUACUUCCAAGCUUUUUCUGUCACCCUUGCUUCUCGCAAGCGACCAGUAUGUAGUCCCCGUGCUUGGUUUGCCUGCAUUGCUAUCCCUCAGCCUCUACUUUCCUAACAUCGGGUCUCUCAGCAUCAGAGGCCCUCACAUGAUGCACUCUGCGGCUAUGUGGACAGUCCAGAGCGGUACUGCUGCUGCGAGGCUCUGGCACUCUGCGGUGUCUCCUCUUGCCUGCUCGAAAGUGUCAGUGUCAAUUGUUGCUGCCAAUUGGGGUGCGGAGUCGAGGACGGCGAGUCUGCCCGUGGAGGCGGCGAGGUGGCACUCUUCUUGGCUCGAUCUGAGAAGAUGCGAGGAGCGCGUUUAGAAAAAGUGAUGGCAAUGUUAGUAAGGUGGCUCUAGGGCGGGGAGAAGGCAGGGGAGCAGGUUUGGCGCGUGUGUUCGUUGGCGCAGCUUGGGAUAUUGAGAGGGAUGGAGAGAGAGAGAGAGAGAGAGAGAGAGAGUGUGUGGCGUAAUUUUACGGUGAUAGGUCUGCGGUGGCACUGAAGAAAAAAACGAAGAGCAAGAAGGAAGAGGCUUUAAGUGUACUGGAUUUUAUGAUUGUUGUCGGUUUUGCUGGUGGAGGAGGUGGUGUUGGUUUGGGCCUUUCACGAACGGGAGUUUGCGCAAUGUAUUCUGAACUUGAUUUGUUUGCUUGAACUGGACCCCGGAAGAGUUCAUCUUCCGUGCGCAGAGGAUGUCCUUGUGCUGGUUUGGAUUCCAGUGCGGUGUCGCCUCGAGCGGUAUCGGUUGCGGCACAGCUCGUUAGCUGUUCGUAGGACUGUGGUGAACUCAUUCCCAUCUCGAGUGGUAUUGUAGCUAGGCAUGGUGUUAUGGCGUUGAAAUAGGGCGGUGAACUAGGUUUGGUAGCGAUGGGUUCCUUUCUUCCGUAUUGGAGCUCAUGACGCCCAGAUCUUGAGGCGAUGGUGAAUUUACAGGGAUGUAAGGUGGUUUAAGGCGCUGAGAAGCGAUGGUACGGAUCGUAAGGGUUUCGCGUCAGAUAUGCUCCGGGCCUGUUAUCUAUAGACGAUGAUUAUUCCCACGGGGUUCGCAGACUGGAGGCAUUUCAGGAUUUGUGUGUCGAGCAAUCAAACUUUGGCCUCGAUCGUGGAUCACUUGUUUUAAAGAAGUAGACACAUUCGAAAUACGUACAGGCAUUUCCUGUUGACUGGAUAAGGGUGUGGUCGUAUUAAGACAAUGGACGCCUCGCUGAAGGACAGAGAGAGAGAAAAAGAGAAUGCUGAUCGGGAUCGGGAGCGUGAGAAAGAAAAGGAGAAGGAGAGAGAAGGAGACGUGGAGGCAGCGUUGUAUUCUAAUUGUCUCCUCCUUGGACUUGACCCUAAUGUGCUUGGGCCUGGAGCUGGCAUGCGAGCUGGUUUAUUCAGGCACUCCAAUCCCCGUCUUGGUGAAGCACUUCUCCACUUUCUCAUUUGUGCAUUAAGGGGUCCAACGCUCUCGGCCAAGGACUUUGCUGGAGUUUGGCCUAUUUUCGAUGCUGCACAAUCACGUGAUUUUCGAAAAGUAGUUCAGGGCUUGAUUAAUGAGCUGGAAAGUCAAGGGGCCUUACCUCGGAGCAACUCUCGUGUGUCUUCUCUAGCGACCUGCUGUGGCCAGAGAUUUGUAGAGCUUUUGUGGCAUCUAUCAGCACAUGCAUUGCGAGAAGUUCAUCGACGAACAUUCCCAGCAGAUGUGGCGGCUAAUCCAUUACCAGCUUCCUUGACUGAGCUUGUUGGUCCAAAUACUCGACCAGCUUCUCUGCUCGCUGUCACGAAGGCUCGAAUUGCGUUGGAACGCAAGCGAUUUAUGAAAGGAACAGUACUAGCUGUUCAAAGGCAGACCAGUUGGUCUAGCUUGGCCCAUGAUAUGACAGCUGAACACCGGGCUCUGUGUGCUGAAGAGGCAUUUCAGCAUCAAGAACUGGAGAAACUACAAGAAUCCAACCAUGCUGAUUUUUUACAUGAUGACUGUGUGGGUGACACAGCUCCCGUUGCUAGAGCUUCCCAGUUGUGGAAAGGAAUUUUAUCACACUCAGAAAGAGUAGCAGAGUUAGCAUCUGGGCCUAUCGAGGAUCUUAUUGCUCGUCGAGAGCACAGGUACCGAAUUGAUGGAGCUGUUUUGCGAGCUGCAGUAGACCUUGGAUCUGUUAAUUUGCCCGUGGAGUCAGCCCAUAAUUCAAAUGUUGAAUAUGAAAGCCAACGGUCUAGGUUUGACAUUGGAGUAUCAACAGAGGAUGAAAAGUCUACUAAAACUCCACCCCCUGUGGACGUAGGUGAAAUUCUGCGUCGCUGGACCCAUGCAUUGCAAGCAGUUCAUAAACAAACUCUUCGCUUGGCCAGAUCAAACAAUGGGGCAGGACCUGAUCUUAUGGUGGAGUACGCGCGUGGGGAAGACAGUGUUCAUGCACAUACUCUUCGCACAACUCUAGCAGAACACAAACAGCACUGUUGUAACCUCCUGACUCUCAAGAACCAGCUGGAAGCUUCUAUGCCAGGAAUGGAGGCAGCAAUUACUACUCUGCGGGAACGGGUGGAUGGUCCCGAUGUAAUGGCAGCAUCUCGAGCUGCACAAAACUCUCUUAUUGGGUUUCCAGAGACUCGACAGCAGACAUUAACUCUCAGAGAUGAAGAUGCGGAGCAAAGUGUACGCGAAUCGGCGAACCCUUCCAAUCUGCCUUUAGAGCUUAUACCUCCGAGUCCAGCACUGAAACUUCCUUACAUGUCUCCAAGCGCUAUUGGAGGUUUUACACACUCAAAAGCUGCACUUGCUGGAGUCACAUCUAUGCGUUCUUUAGAUGUGUUACAAGAACAAGAGGGUCUGGAAGGCAAUGGUGUACUUUGGAAUGGUGGAAAUGAUCUUGCUGAAGGUAUUACCUCCUUGAGGCAAGCAGUUAUUGAGGCUGCUCUUCAAAAGCCUGUUCCUGCUGUUGCAGACACGACACAGCAGCCUACUUUUGCAGAACAUUAUUUUACUCCAGUGAGUCCCUUUCAAAUAAAUGCAAAAAGCAACAGGGAAGUGGUCUUUGUGGACAUGAACACUAAUCAGCCAGCAAGCUACAUUGGAAAGGGUUCCAUUCGAUCCUUUCUCCCUAGUAAACAUGUAAAAGAUUCGGAGGAGGGGAAUGGUUAUCAAUCAGAUCCGCAAAAACUUGUGCAGAGAGGAGAGAGUCCCAUGUCUCGCAAAGGUCUCAAUGGGAGGCAGCACGCGGAAAAUGGAACUAGGGAGAGUUUACAAGAUCCGCCUCGAAGAUGUCACGUAGAACCACGGAUGGAAUUACAUGUUCCUGAUCUGCGUCCGCUAUCACCACCCCUACUUUCGGAUUACAAAACUUUUGACAGAACGUUUGAAGGAACAUUUGACGGAACAUAUGAUGACCUGCUGGCACCCAUGACAGAUCUGGAUACUGCUUUUAUGAACAUCAGUGAUCAAAGAGAGAAAAGUUUUCUAUGAUGGGAGCUUUAUUCAAGUUAUGGCUACGUGCUGUCGCAUUAAUUGCCACUCUAAUCUGUCUACUACCCAUACCCUGUAUUGAUCUGAAUUUCAAUACAUGAUUUGAGGAGGGAGAAUGAAGCCGUUGGUUUCCUGUACUCCCUUACAGCACUUCCCUAGUACCAUUCUUGUAACAACAAUUACUUAUCAGUUUCUUAACAGUGGUGCUGGGAAGACGAAGCGUUUGCCAUGCUUAGUUACUUGCGACUUAUAAGUAAGAGGGAGCUGCAUUGAGGAACGCCUGGCUUUGAAAGCGAUCGUACAUAAGUUUUGCGCUGUUGCAGAUCGGUGCCUAUCUAAUAUCGCAUGCAGUGGCUUCGUCUAAAAAUCAAGCCUUGUAAGUUGCCAGGGAAGCUUAUCGCGGAUGUCGUUGUGCAGGCAAAUUUGCGUACGCUUGUCCAUGAGAGGUGUUACCUUGAUUUCACCUUAAGGCACAUCGCAUCUGGAUUAUUAUGGGCAGUCAAUGUUGUUGAUUUUCGCCGAUUCGGUGUACAAUUCCUUGUAUUGUAAAUGACAGGAUUACAGAUGUCCGAGGUACAGGCAUCUCUGAGAUUGCAAGGAUUGGACAGAUUUCAGACAGCCUAUCCGAGUUUUGUAGAGCAUUGAUCAGAAUACGUAACUGUCGUAUCCUGGUUCAGAAGUUAAUAUGUAGAUGUUAACAACUUAUAUUCAGUAUUCCAGCAAUAUACAUACACAAGAUGUAUGUAACUGGAAAUAUUUAUUGGUCA